UCUCUCAGUCUUUACACACGCGAGCACGAGUCGAGCGCAGAGUUUAACAAACAGAAAGUGAUAGAGGUCGGGAAACAGACACUUAUCGCGCCGAAACAGCACACGGACGCGUUUCUCGAGCGUUAAAGAGACUCUGGGACGGGAAACUGGUACGGAUAUAUUUAUAUUAAAUCAGAGUUUUGAGCAAUGCGUUGGCAGCAUGGCCAAAUGGUUCAAGGAGCACCUGGGUUUCAAAACCACCAAAGCCCCACCACCGGCGCCCCCGAAACCGGACUACCGACACUUCCACACCACUGUAUCCAGUUCGCCCGGAUAUCUCCUCCAGCAGCAGCAGCAACAGCAGCAGUCGGGCUCCGGGUUCAUGUCCGCUCAGCCCGAUAUUAUCACCGCGUACAAACUCCAGAAGGAGCUCGACUUCGAGGAUCCGUACACGGGAGGCGGAAAUAUUCCCUUCUCCACUGGACUUGGUUCAGUGGGUUCGCCGGACGUCAAGUACGUGUCUCCGAAACACCGGCUUAUAAAGGUGGAGACAGUCGAGAGAAGCGGGUCGAGCUCGGGCAGCAGUAGCGGGGUUACAGCGGUGAAAUCCCCCAGCUCUCCACCUGCCGAACCCGAGAGCAGCGGCGGAGGCAAACAGGAGAAGCUCACAAUCCUAGAGGACUAUGCAGACCCCUUUGAUGCAGCGGACCAAGCGGGCAGCACCCAGACGGUCACAGAAAAGCCGACCGAAAACGACGGCUACAUGGAACCGUACGAGGCCCAGAUGAUGAUGGCUGAAAUCCGAAGUGGUCGUGGUUCUAAAGACGGUUUAGUUCGGCAGCUACCUCUAUACGACACCCCCUAUGAGGAGAAUGGAGGAGAACCGGAUGGAGGCCAGUGUUCUCGUGAGAGCAGACUACCCCAGGAUGACGAGAGGCCUCCGGAGGAGUACGAUCAACCCUGGGAGUGGAAAAAAGAGCGGAUAUCUAAAGCCUUUGCAGUAGAGAUUAAAGUGAUUAAGGAGCUGCCCUGGCCUCCUCCAGUUGGGCAGCUCAACACCAGUCCACCUAUAUUGGAGGGGGUGGAGGCUCCGUCCCAGCCUGCCCAGUCCUCACCAGGACAUAAUGCCACAGCAACUGCCUGUGACCAGCACCAACACGUGCAGUUUGACGGUGUGGAAAAGUCCAGAAUGUCGCCCACGAAAGACAUGAAGUCCCGUCCACUCCAGAGGCACUCUAGCGGCUGCCUGGUCAACACUAAGAUGAGCUCACUGGAUCACAACGCUCCCGCAGUAGGGGAACGCAUAGACCCCUCCAUGCCUCUGGAAAGCCAGUUCUGGUAUCACGGAGCAAUUAGUCGGACCGAUGCCGAGUCUCUGCUGAGGUUGUGUAAAGAGGCCAGUUAUCUGGUGAGAAACAGCGAGACCAGCAAAAAUGACUUCUCCCUGUCACUCAAGAGCAGUCAAGGUUUCAUGCAUAUGAAGCUGUCGCGGACCAAAGAUAAUAAGUAUGUACUGGGCCAGAACAGCUGCCUGUUCGACAGCGUGCCUGAGAUCAUCCACUUUUACUCCAGUCGCAAACUGCCAAUCAAAGGAGCUGAACACAUGUCCCUGCUUUACCCGGUGGCCAUACGGACACUAUAGUAAACAUACGGUGUAAAAUGUACACUUUUACAGCAGGACAGCUACAGCAGCCAUUCAUAAAUGCUUAACAAACAGAACUACAGAAUGAGGAACACAAUCGUCUUUAUCAUUUUAGGUUUUAUAGGCUUGUUAUAACACAAUGCUUUGGUUAAGCGUUUAUAAAUGGCUACAUAAGACCAUCAAUAAACUAAAGUGCUACUGAAGUCCCAAAGGCAAAAAGGGAGAUUUCUGGAAAGCUUAAUUCGUCUCGCCCAAGCUCAAUGGACUAAUGGAGCAGAACUGACCACAGUACGGAAGAAAAUGACUUCUCUGCAGCAUUACCUUCUCAAACAUGCCCUUCUCCCUGAUCCCAGACCUGCUCUUAUUUCACAUAAGUGGAUCUUUAGUCUUAGACCUGCACCUCACACUUUAUCAAUAUCAUUUCCUCUACUGUUACAUAUUGUAAAAACUUGACAUUGACAUCAUCAUGAAAAAUUGAUCUUUCUGAAUAUUUGGAUAUUGUCUCACAACUGAUUUGUCACUGUUUUGUUUAUACUGCUUAUUUCUUUAAAAAAAAAAAAAACACACAUAAAUGAGGGGUUCGCACAGUCCUAGAAAACCUGAAAAAUGUCAUGGAAAUUUCCCAGGUCUGGAAAACAUGGAUGUGAAAUCUUAAUUUACAUUACACUAGUUAAGGUCUGGUUUAAAAUGUUUAACUGAUUUGAAUUGUUUUUUUUCCUGAGUGAAUCAGUCACGAGAUUUACAAAUUCGUCUAAAUGAUUCAUUUGCAUUUCUGUCUUAGUUUCAAUGAUUCUUAAAGAUGUAUAUGUAGAUAUCCCAAACGACUGAAAAGGUCAUAAAAUUCAUUGGCUAAUAGGUGUGGGAAUCCUUUUAGUUGAUCCAAGACACUUCAAACAUUUUCAGGAAAAAAUUGUCAAAAUAUGUACCCUAGCUAUCACCGAGGUUUGCACCUAAAGAGUGCACAUAAUAUCCCAAAGGUACAAAUUGGUACCAAAUGUAUACACAUGUAUACAUAUUAAGACCCUUUAAAAAGGCCCUAGUGACAACUGGGGUUCAUAUUUUGACAUUUUUUUUCUAACAGUGCAGUUUCUUUCAAUGGAAAUAAACAAAUGCAGUCAAAUCCUACUUUAAUUUCCAGAACCUCAUCAUCUGGAUUGUCAUAUUGUCUCAAUAUACAAAGCUAGUUGGGUUUGGUAAAAUAUAAAUGAUUGGACCUCUUAAAACAAUUACAGAAAAAGUUAAAAGACAUUUUCCCAGUUAGAUUUACAGUACAAAUACGUUCUGACUGAAUUUAACUCCACACUGUCUUAGUGAAAAUGUAUGAAAGUUCAUACAGACCCUAAUAACAAUAAGAAUAUGCUAAUAACAGAAUGAAAAUGUGUUGGGUAAAGAUUUAUGGAUGAAAAGAGAUUGAUGGUGCCAUUUAAGUUUAUUUGGGCAGGGUCGGUAUAUCAGAAUAUAGUAGACACUUGAUCUAUGCCACCCUUCUUAGUAGUGCAUGGACUGGAUCGCCCUGUUUCUCAAGUAUGAAAAGGACCUUUAAAAAAUAUGAGUCACUUUAUACUCCAUCAGAGUUUAGGAUGAUCUUGAAUAAGGGGAAUGAAAUAUAUUGUCUACCUCAGAAAAUCAAUUUCAUUCAUCCAUCCACUGAUCAAUAAGGUACAAUAGGCAUUGCAGAUAUGAAUUCAUUUGAUUCUUCCUAUUUUUUUUUUUUUUUUUUUAGUUUUAGCUCCUUCACCUGAACACAAUCAAAAGCCGUUUUCUCUCUGUUUUAACCAUCAUUUCCAUGGAAAGUCACACUGUAAUUUUGUGAUACGCGUGACUUUGUUUGGUUAAUGCCUUAUACUGUAAUGCAUGGUAUAAAAAAGAAAAGAAAAAUCAAACUGAUUUACAAACGUUCUGCUUUCAAUGAAUGUUUUGUGGCUGUAAUUUAUUAUGGAGAAAAGAAAAAAAUACUAUUACUGAUGUUUUAGUCCUAUAGGCAACUAAGACAAUGAAGAUGUUUUCGGCCAGUGUACGUGUUUGUAUGUGUGUGAUGAUGCUGGUGUGCCAUAUAUCUGAUCUUACUUUUCUUUUAAAUCCCACCCCCCCAAUCUAAAGACUGAUACUCAGUACAAUGUUUGCCAUGGAGACCAUUUAAAACAGACUGACCAAACCUUGUCAAUGUAUCUUCCUUUUCCUGGCCCCCAUUUUUCUCAUUUGCCGGCACCGUUGUGUUUUUAUCAGUUUCUGUUUAAAUGUGUUACACUUAUGAGCACAGAUGUGGUACAGACUUUGUUUAAUUAUUUGUUUAAAAACUUGCUGUUUUCAAUGCUGCCACUAAGACUUUAUUUUCCUACAUUUACUUUUCCAAAUGACUUUCUUGUGGACAUAUUGUGUAAAAAUCCUUAAAGGAAUAGUUCACCCCCAAAAUUUGUCAUCAUUCACUUAUUUUGUUCCAAACUGCUAUAUAAUAGUCAAUAUAAUGUACAUCAUAUUUUAAGUCUUCCUCAGUCAUAUGAUGGCUUUGUAAGGACUAGGCCAAAUUGAAUAUAAAUGAAUGGCUGAAUAACUUGCUGAUCAUUCUCAGAUCUUAUAAAGAUAAUAAAAAAUGAAACAGCAUACAGGUUUGAAACGUCACAAGAGUGUUUGAUGACAGAAUUUGGUUUUUUUUUGGUGAACUGUUCCUUUAAAUGUUAUUUGCACCGAGUCUGUAAAAAGAUAUCUUUGUUCUUACAGUAAAAUCUCCAAGAACCACGUUGCACAUCAUUGCAUUAUGCUGAAAUGUGAAACUAUUAAUGCUCUUGAUUGUUAAUCGCCUCUUCCAGUAAUUCUGUGAUUAUUCACACAAACGCGAAGACAACAGCUCUCAACUGCUCCAUAUCCAAUUCUCUCGAUCCCAGGGGUUCAAUGAAAAGGAGCAUCAUGCAGUAUAUGUGUCUUUCCCCGGAAAUGCAUUCGUGUUGUAGAGACAGACCCAGAGGAGAGAGCUCUCAGAGACAUGAUGGCUGUUUUUAGAUGGGCCGGUGCAGAUGUGUCUCGCAACAGAAACAAGCAGCCUUAAGCUUUAAUAAGAAUGGGUCCAGGACUUUGUGUUUUCCUUUGGAAGAGAAGGGAGUCAUUCUGGCCUAAAUCAGAGGGAAGAUGAAUGUACAGUAUGUAUGAGAGACCCUCGACUAUUCAUAAAAGCUGUUAGGAGAUGAAUGAGGUGUGGGUACUGUAUGUGACCCACAAGAUCAUUUGUUUUAUGAAUUAUCACUAUGCUAACUGUUAAUAUAGAUGGCCUCAGAAAGAAUUCGGAGACAUUGGUGACCCUGCCUGUGAAAACCUAGCCCAAGUCUUUUUUUAUGUGAUUUACUACAUAAAAUCAUCAUAUAAUGUAAAUAACUUUCGGUGAAAAUAUAACCCUGAUAUAUUUAAUAUUGACUAAGGUCAUGUCAAAGAUUAACAUCAAUGAUUGAAAUCAAACAUUGAUGCACAGAACCUCAGAUUCAAUUCAAUUUUAUUUAUAUAGCACAAAAUAAAAUUAUUUAUUUAUUUUUCACAAUUGUUAAUUGUUUCAAAGCAGCUUUACAUUAAUAGAUGUAGGAAAAGCAUAGAAAAGCGAGCUUAGUAAUAAUGUAACGUAUACAGUAAAGUAGUAAGUUAAGUCAAAGGUGGCAGACUCUCCAGGGGAUGAAAAAAAACCCUAAAAGGCUUUCACAGAUAGGGUCAACUUUUUCCAUUAAAAAUAUUGAAAAUUAAGUGGCAUUUAUUAUAAAGAUAACACAAGCAACGUGCCAUUUCACAAAAAUAUAUUUAGUAGACUUCAAAAAAUACAAUUAUAAUGUAAGCAUACAAUAUCCAUCUCCUGGAUGGAUUUUUAUUAAAUCUUUUGACUGUGCAAUAAAUUAAAAUCAUUAUUGCAAAGUUUUAGAAAAGUUUUUUUGCAGAAGUGUCCAACGUAAGUGUCCGAAUAAUUUCCGAAGAGAUUGUGAAUGCGGAUUGCUGGUUAACAUUUCUAUUUAUUGCAGGCAAAGAGACAAGUGAUCAGACAUUUUAAGAUGUCUGUUUAGAAAAGAGAUUAAGAAGAAACCAAAAGGAAAUGAGAAGCCAUGAAACACUGAAAGAUUCAGAAAGUUGCAUGAAGGACAGAAGAUUAAAAUGAAUGCAGACCAAGAGAGUUGUGUAGAAGAUAGAUAUGAGGGAGGAGAGACCAAAUCUCUGUUGGUUUCGUUGUUUGUCAACCUAUAUGCUUCAUUUCCACUUCACACAGUCUGCUUCUGUAUUUCUCAAUGCGUGUUGACAAGCAUCCUAACAAAGAAAGUGCGUGAAUGUGUUUGUGUGCUGCCAGUUUCCAUUGACCCAACCGAGUCUGUAUCAGGCUCCUCUGUGUGCGUGUCUUCUGCUGUACCUGUUGUAUCUUAGGUGGUUUUAUUUUUAUAUGUUUGAGAUUUGUGUGAUGAAAUGGUGUACAUUUUCUUCCCGUGUAUGCACUAACAUGACAUCUGUACAGUACCUCUUCGCCAAAUGUAUAUACUGAAUGUAAUGUUUAGGGACGUAGAGGCUUUGAAAUUCUGACAAAUAAAGUUUAUGGGUCUAACUUA